AUGGCGGCCGGCUCGGGCGGCCCCCGCGGGCGCAGCGACACGGGAAUGGCGGCCGUCUGCCCUGGCCGCCCAGGGGUCGGCCGGCCACCUCGGCGACUGGAAGAGCAAGGUCUGAGGUGCGGAGUCGCCCGCGCCGGCACCCAGCGGCCGCCGCUGACCCCCGGAGGCGGGAAGCGGGCUCCGGCAGCCCGCGACCCAGCCCUGGAGCUGGGCCGCCCGCGGGGCACGCAGGCCCGACACUCGGCGCGGCCUCCCGGGAAAGCCAGCUCGGGCCCAGGGGACGCUACCCGGGGCGGACCGGGCCGCCGGGGUCCCGAGGGCGACCACAGCCCUGCCUCAGCCCGCCGGGGCUUCCGGCGAUGGGCGGAGCUCCCGCGGUGGGGCGGGGCCGGGAAAAUAGACUUGGAGAUCAGUGAGCCAGUCAACUUUAGCUCCGGAGAUCAUCAACACCUGGUUCAUAAAGCAGCAAUUAAAGGUAACCCUGGUAGACUCAACCAACCCUUCACAACUUCAUCCAGAGAUAGGCCACAAGAAGCCAUAAAAUACUCAUAUCCAAGGAGUAGAGAUGGAACAAACACCUAUGCAGUACAAAUUUCUGAGGAUGUUACCCCCCCAAAUGAGGGCAUAAAUCCAUCCAGUACCUUUGAAGACACAUCCAUUCGUAAAGGUUUCAUUGUGAAAGUGUUUGUCAUUCUUUCCAUCCAGCUGUUCAUCACAGCUGCGAUCAUCAGCAUCUUUGUUUUCUGCGAAGCUGUAAAAAAGUGGGUCUUGGCCAUGCCCUGGUUCCUGUAUGCACUCCUCCCAGCAGUCCUGAUCAUGAUCGUUAUACUUGCUUGCUGCAGGGAUAUCCGGCGCCAAGUGCCCGCCAACUACAUUCUCCUGGCUUUCUUUACAAUUCUGGAAGGCCUGCUGCUGGGAAGCAUGUCCGUCUUGUACAGGGCCGAAGAGAUACUGUGGGCCACAGGAGCCACCACUGCUGUGACAUUAGCGCUCACGAUUUUUGCGCUACAAACAAAAUGGGAUUUCACCCUGCUAAGUGGAGUACUGUUUGUCGUCACCUGUGUGCUGAUGAUCUACGGGCUUUUUGCACUUGUGAUUCGAUCAUACUGGUUGCAUCUGGUGUACUCAGCGCUUGGAACACUGCUCUUCUCCAUGUACCUGGUGAUGGACGUGCAGAUGAUGGUAGGGGGCCGCUACCAUUAUGAGAUAGACCCUGAAGAGUACAUUUUUGCUGCUCUGAACAUCUACGUGGACAUCAUCAGCCUUUUCAUUUUCAUUUUGGACCUGAUUGGACGAUAGCUGAUGGCCAGAGCCAGCUAAGGCUCAGAAGAGGAAAGGUGGGACACGUGUGGCGUGUGUGUCGCCAGGCCCAGGCAUGCAGUGGUGACCACUCACAGGCCCUUUCAAUAGUCAUUUAUCAAUUUAACUGUCAGUGUCAAAAGAAGCUAAGAAUUCAGUAGAAGGUAGCUGUAGCUGUUAUAAUUUUGUUUCUCUUGUUAUAUAGCAAAACUUUCUUAUUUGUAUUGAAACAUUUCGGAUUCCUGUAAAUUCAGAAAAGGAGUAUCCUAAUCAUAAAUUGAUAUAUCGUUUAGAAGAUCCCCAGUGCGUUGUUGAAGU